AUGGAGUACAAUGCUGAAUUCUGUAGACUGGCGGAAUUUUAUCCUCACUUAGUGGCACAAGAUUAUGAUCGUAUGAAGCAGUUUACUCAGGGUCUUGCAGCAUACAUUCGGAUCCGGAUGUCAGGAUUUCUAGAUGGUUCCUAUCGGGAGGUUCUAGAUCGAGCACUAUUCAUAGAGAUGACUCAGCAGCAGGUAAAUCAGGAGAAAGGACAUGAUAAGCAGUCGUCGCAAAAGAGAGGGAAUAAAGGUCAGAGUUCUCGGGCUCCUUCCGGAGGAUCUUCUCGGCCUCAGAAGACUGGGCGAACAUCGGAUGGAGGUUCUCAUCCCCCUCAUCAUGAUCAGAAGAACUUUGGGCAUGAGAGUCGGGAUUGUACUCUGAAAGCACAGUUGGAGGCUCCUAAAGUUACAUCUCAGGGGGAAUCAUCCUCUCAGUCACGUUCACAGAGGAGAUCGCAGAAGACUCAGAGUGCCCCACUGUCUUCUCAUCAGGCAUUUCCAGCACAGCAGGAUUUUCAUCCACAUCAGCCUUACUCAGCAUAUCAGCAGCAGCCUCAGUCUCAGUAUCAGCAGCCAGUUUCUGCACCUCCGAUUCCAGCGCAGACCACUCCAGGGAUGCCACAGCCGAGCUUAGAGGUGGGUCGUGUUUAUGCGGUUACACGGGAGGAGGCACAGCGAGCUGAGGGAUCGGUUUUCCGAGGUACUAUUUCAGUUUAUACAUUUACUGCAGAUUUAUUGAUAGAUACUGGUAGUUCCCAUUCAUUCAUAUCUCGAGUAUUGGAGAUGGUGGAAUUUGACAUUAUAUUGGGCAUGGAUUGGCUGGCCAUGAACCAUGCCACAGUUGAUUGCAGAGCGAGAGUAGUCACAUUCCGACCUCCCGGUCUACCAUCGUGGACAUUCAUCGGAACCGGGGGUGAUGGGAUAUCAGUCAUAUCAGCAAUGCAAGCGAGGAGAUUACUGUCACAAGGUUGUCAGGGAUAUUUGUUGUCCAUGGUUAAAGAUGAUACGGAUGCAUUACCACGACUCUCGGACGUUCCUAUUGUUCGAGAAUUUUUAGAUGUAUUCCCUGAUGAACUCCUCUGGUUGCUUCCUAAAAGUGUUUCUCCGUGGGGAGCACCAGUACUCUUCGUUAAGAAGAAAGACGGAUCAUUGAGAUUAAGUAUUGAUUACCGACAGCUGAAUGCGGUGACUAUCAAGAACAAAUAUCCAUUGCCACGUAUAGAGGAUUUAUUUGAUCAGCUGAAGAACACCUGUGUAUAUUCAAAGAUUGUUUUGCGCUCAAGCUAUCAUCAGCUCAGGGUUGGAGAUGCAGAUAUACCGAAGACAGCAUUUCGCACUCAUUUUGGUCAUUACGAGUUCUUGGUAAUGCCAUUUGGGCUUACCAAUGCCCCAGCAGUGUUCAUGGAUCUGAUGAACAGAGUAUUCCUUGAGUACUUAGAUCAGUUCGUCAUUGUGUUCAUCGACGAUAUUCUGAUAUAUUCCCGUUCUGAGGAGGAACACAGGCGACAUCUUCGCAUUGUUUUAGAGACGCUUCGCAGAGGUAUAUCAGUAGACCCGCAGAAGAUUGAGGCAAUCACUAGCUGGGAGCAGCCGAAGACGGUACAGGAGAUACGUAGCUUUUUGGGUCUAGCUGGGUAUUAUUGGAGAUUUGUCGAGGGUUUUUCCAGCAUAGCCUUGCCUUUGACACAAUUGACCCGAAAGGGGGAAAAGUUUAGCUUGACAGAAUCUUGUGAGCUGAGCUUUCAGGAGCUUAAACGGAGACUCGUUACUGCACCCGUGUUAGUACUUCCUUCUGGCAUGGAUGGAUUUGUACUUUUCACAGAUGCGUCAUAUCAGGGACUGGGUGCCGUACUUAUGCAGCAUGAGCGAGUGGUGUCAUAUGCCUCACGUCAGCUGAAAGAUUAUGAGAGGAAUUAUCCGGUCCAUGAUUUGGAGUUGGCAGCUAUCAUCUUCGCACUGAAAAUCUGGCGACAUCAUUUAUAUGGGAUCACCUUCGAAAUUUACACAGAUCAUAAGAGCCUCAAGUAUUUUUUUACCCAGAAGGAACUGAACCUGCGUCAGAGAAGAUGGAUGGAAUUCUUGAAAGACUAUGAUUGCACAAUUAACUAUCACCCAGGGAAAGGCAACGUGGUGGUCGAUGCGUUGAGCAGGAAAUCUCGUGGAAUUUUGGCUUGUCACUAA